CUAGCUGUCGGUUAAUGUUUAUUUGACAACUUUAAUUUUCUCGCAAAAGACCAAUUAAGCAACGACUUGGAGCAAUCCCGACAGCUCAAUCCGGCCAUGACCUUCGACGAGGUCUCCAUGGAGCACAGCAAGAGCUUCGUCAAGGCCUUACAGGAACUCAAGAACUUGAGGCCUCAGCUUUAUUCUGCUGCGGAAUAUUGUGAAAAGUCAUAUCUUUAUAGAGAGCAGAAACAAAUGGUAAUGGGACUCUAGAUUGGAAAACAUGAAUUGAGAGAAAACGAAAUGAAAAGGAAGAACAAAAUUGAAAGUUGAUUGAUAAUUCUGGAUGAUGAUUACAGAUGCGGUGCACCACACAUAUUCAACCGUCAAGUGCCGCUGCAUCAAAAACUCUUUCCUGGCAUUUAGCUUCAGAAACAAGAUCAACCUUGAAGGGGACUUCGCAUGGUCUGGCUAGCUCUGCAGACACAAAAGUUUCUGUAAAUACAUCUGGCACUUUCCAGCUUUUAGAUAAUGAGGGGAGCGCCACUACGAAAUCCUCGGGUGCUCACCUGCAGUUACCAAGUCGAGUUCCUGGUUCUGAACCAUUUGUUGCUGGACAUAGGGAUGCGGUGGAUGGUUACAGGCCACUAGGGGCGGCCAGGUCAUUUGACAACCACAAUCGACAGAUCGUGCGAGUUCCUGUUCGCAGCAAAAGUCUGUUAUCAGCUUUUUUUGUCAAACAGAAAAGCACAAAGCUGAAGACUGGGUCCGUCUCCUGAAACCUUUUUAAAACAAGUUAAGACCCGACUACCAUCAUCCCACGCUAUGUGGGUCAAAUUGCCUGUAAAUCCCUCCAAUGUGUUUUGGCUUCAAGUUUUUUUGUUGACCAUUCGUUAUUCAAUAGCUUGGAAUCAAAAUUCUUUUUCCCCCUCUAUGGCGCCUUACACUAGGCUGCUUAAUAAUGAACAGAAUUGUGCACAGAUGUCCAGUAAUGAAGUAGUUGUUGAGGAAUGUCUGGUUUAUGGAUUAUUGCAUUAGUUUCUGCUUCCAUGUUGAUUUGUCUUCUGAAUCAUUCGGGUAAAUGUCACUGUUAAUCUUUUCUUAGCUGAUGAGGAACAUUUUCGUGACCAACUCUUUCAUCAAAAUAAUGAAAUUCUAGGCUAAUUAUAUUUGCUC